AUGAUAUCUCGGCAGUUGGGACAUCUUCUAUCCCUGGGAGGCUUCAAACUCACAAAAUGGAUCAGCAACGACAAAGAGGUCCUCAACACGAUACCAUUUGAAAGUCGACAUGCUGGACUGAAGGAAGUGAACCUGGGAUGUGAAGACUUACCCACAGAGAGAGCCUUAGGAGUCAUGUGGGACCUAAAAGGAGACCAGUUUGCAGCAAAGGUUCAGUUUCCCACCCGAUCGGCGACAAAAUGGGGCUUACUACCAGUGGUAAGCUCCGUGUACGACCCUCUAGGAUUCAUCUGCCCUUUCACCAUCAAAGCCAAGCUCAUUUUCCAACACGAAAGCAGCGGAAGAAGGACUGGGACGAAGACAUAA